UCGACAGCUACAAAUACCCGUGACUAGCUGAGCUGGCCGUUCCGCCGCGUCUUGGCGGAGGCAUGCUCGAGGACUACACCGACUGCUCAAUACCUGGGGCGACGUGUUCCCCCACCUGUUUGGCAGUAUUCAACGACGCACUCGGAGUCAACUCGUCCAACGCGUCCGACUGGCGACGAUCGUGCGACUCCCACCACACCAUCACGUGGCGUUGUUGCGGCCAGCAGCGCUUGGACAUUGCGCUGCCGCUGACACUGUGGGCCAUCUUUUUUGUGUUGGCGGGGGUGUUUUCAUGGUACACAAGUCUCCGCCGCGAGCUCCUCACCAGCGUCGACGACCUGCACGACAUCCCCACCCAAGCGUUGGGGGUGGUGGUAGCCAGGCAAAAGAAGCAAGUACUGGGCCGCACGGUCAACGAUCCACGUCGGAGUCUUAUCCUGCUGUCCAUGGUCAUCGAGCUCGGCAACUUUAGUUUCCUGCCGUUGAACUUGGUCUUCGAUGUGCCAAAUGCGUCGCAUCUCCAACUCACGGGUUUGUACUUGGUUUUGCAGUUGGGCAAACUGGGGGGGUUUACCACAUUGCUGCUAUUGGACCUGUACGGCCACCACGCAUUCAAAGGCGCGAUGAAGAAGGUGUUUCGUCCGCUGCUGUACGACACAUUCUUUACAACGUACGUAUACGUGUUACUGGACUUUGGGGCAUGUGCAAACGGCAUGGAGUCCUUGCCAUGGCUCGAUUGUUCUCGCGAAGAUCGGUUCUGGUUGACUUAUAGCGUCGCGGUGGUGGCGUUCACGACCGUGUUGUGGCGCACAUUGCUGUACAAAAAGCACUUGAGCGACCAAGUGUACGCGGUGCAAUUCCGGUUCCAACAGUCGUACUAUUCGCUCAUGACGUAUUGCCGCACAGGUGCAACGAAAGUCCUUGAAAUGGGUCAAACCUGGCUGAAAUCUCGUAAGUUGCCACUGAUUCUUACUACUCUGUUGUAGCGUGCUGCUUGAUGUUUAUCACCGUGCAAAAGCUAUACUUGUACUUCGACGGAUACAACAUCAUGUUGACCGCAAGCGUGGCCAACUUUGGGUUGUUUUCGCUGUUGCUUUGGUAUAACUAUUCGCAUCAACCGUGCCUCGGCGUGGGCAUGCUUCCCAACAACUUGCGGUCGUUGUCGUUUGCUACUUCUUGCUAUUUCUCGAUCCACCUCUUGGUGCUGUCGAUUCACCACAAACUUCACGCCCCCAUGCAACUACACCACGACGACGACGUGACGACCAUCGUCAACUACGUAUUCAUUGGAGUCUACCCCUGCUUUGGGUGUGCGGUGUGGCACGUCAACAAGCUCCGCGCGCAGUUGUUUCAAAUCCCCAACUUGUCCAUCGAAGCCUCGCUUAUGCAUGCUCGGGACCGCGUGCGCGCCGUGGGGGCCGUCGCCAUGACAUUGGAGGACCAGACGGAAUGGACGGUGGACUACAAACUGCACCUGGUCAAUUUGCUCAAGGCGAAUCUGUCUUUGACGGCAGGCGAAGGCGGCAUGGUCGCCGCGUACACGAGCCGAUCCAUUUGGCUGUUGUGGGCGAAAAACUUUACGCUCGCAAAUGUGACGACCGAAGGGGAUGAUGCUUCGUUUAGCUUCCCCUUUGGUCUGUUCGAGUCGACACCGGCCUCCUCUAUUACGGGGCCGACGUCAAUGGGCAUCAAAGCCAACCGAGCCAACCGAGCUAACAGCGCCAUCCCCGCCACGAUACUAGAGCACAUUCAAACGAUCAAAAGUGGCUGCGGACCGACCCUUGCCGCCCUCGUGAACAGCACCAUGCACCCCCUGAGCCCCCACGACGACCACAAAUUGUGCAGCGUGGAUCCGGAUCUGGUGGCGGCGUGCCGAAAAGCCAUUGUGGUCAUGUCCGACGUGGUGCGGUGCCCGUACCCCAAGGCCAGACAAGUCGUGUGCCGGACCAUCCACCACAUGUACACGAAUCGAGCGGUGCAGUUCACUCCACCCACAAUGGUGUACGUCCUGUGUACGCUCUUGGCGUGUGAUGAUCGCAUGUUGGCAUUAUCGGCAGCGACGACCCUAGCCAGUCAUUUCAAAACCCACAUGGUCCGCGCGUAUGCCACCGCUGCGACGGACGUAGCAGACGAGUUCAACUUGCUCCACUUGUCGCAGUUUGUGCGCAUGCAUGCCAAGGACACCGCGCUAGUCGACGCCCUUCUCCGCAUCAUCCUCGAUGCUAUCUCAUGGAUUGAAUCGGCCCCGGAGAACCCCGCGUCGUACAUUGGCGAUGGGUUUGUGUCGAAUCUGUGGCGUGUGCAAUCGUUGGCUGACGUGCAGCCGUCGACGGUGUUUCUCGUCGACAACAUUUUACUCAACGUGCAUUUUUGCUGCGAGAAUUUCCUGGUGCAUCUCCGUCGCAGUUUUAGUCACCAGCCCACCAAACAAAAGCUCUCGCAUCAACGGCCCAGCAUCCUACCGGAAACCACUACCACCGUGGGGGUGAUGCCGCCUUCAUUGUCGUUUAUCCGCGUGUCAAAGAUGUCAUCGUUGAUCUCCCAAACCAGCGUCCAGCCCGCCGACAACUCGUUCACGCGGUCGCGCACCAAGUUUUCCCUCGAUAUGGCUACCAAGUUUCUCGUCGAAACACACACGUCCAACUUGAUUCGACCGGUGCAGUACCAAAUCAUGAAGAAACGCCACGAUCUAAAGAAGUCCCUCCAGAUCAACAUAGCGACGGUCGUGCAAGAUGGCUUUCCCCAGCAAAAGGCCAUCGUCGAGCUGAGCGACCACAGCAAGCGCGCCAUGCGUCAAGUUAUGCGCAUCGUCACACGGUUCCCUAUCUUUGAUGUGUGGCUACGGACGCUGCAGGAGGGCGACCCGCUCGAGUAUUUAUUGGAGCUCAUCGAGUUCAUGCGGACCCAUCCAUUGGAAGUGCGCCAAUUUUCAGAGGGCCCGUCCGUCAUGGAAAGCAUCCGGUCCACGUUUAGUAUCAAGCGAUCCGCGCGAGAAUCCGUGCGGGCACCGCCCAGAUAACAGCAACAAAAAACAGCUAACGUUACCUCCACCAGUGGUGUUUAUUUCCCUCGUGUAUUAUUCCCAGAUUACGUAGGAAAUAUGUUAUUUAUUUCAAUGCAAAAGAGGCCGCUACGUCUUGGUCAAAUUGGUGUUGUUGGGGUUGCCGCUGAUUCGGCGUUCCACUCUGUGGGGCCCCCCUACUCCUCCGCGGUCGGAGCUGAUUGACCGCGAGCUAGAACUCGGUUGCAUUUGUUGCGAGGACAUGGCUUGCGCCGAGCUUUCCUGAAUUUCCCGCACCGCAGCAAUUGUCGUGUUUUGAUACAGUUCAUACGGGUCCGUCCGGCCAUACAAGUACGGCUCCAACAGAUACCUAGGGCAAGUUGACGUUGGCGAGAAAUGUUGUACGCAACGAAUCGUACCUCAACACAAACCCCACGACGUUGCUCCAGGCAUCGCCCACCAGGGGCGACGCGUCGUCCCCCAACCAAUACAUGAUCACCUCGAUGCAUGUCAUGGUGUACGCCGCGAAAUGGUGCGGUCGGACUCGAGCGUAUGUCCGAUGCUUGUGGCCGAGGAACCGGCACCGGUUCUGCAUGUUGGUCACGUCGGCGGGAUCGUCCGCGCGCAUGCUCAGGAUGAACGAUAGGGCCUUGAUGAGCACUUCGCCGCGCUCCUUCACGUUCACAAACACCUGGCUGAACGUAGCGUCUCGCUCGAUAAGCCGGUAAAAGAACUCGUCGUAGAAAAGGAUGAUGCCUGGCUUGCCAUACUGCUUCAUCUUGUCCGUGCUCGCGGAUUGCACGACUUCCCAUGUCUUCAAGCACAACUGCAGCCGCGGUUUCGUGAUGAGGGGCAGGAGGGGAAAUUGCGGCGGCAUGUAGUGCUGGACCUCAAAGCCAUCGGCGAUCCCAAACGAGUACUCGGCCAAAUCGUCCAAGUACAGGUCGACUUCAUUUUUGGCAACCAGUCGAAUGAGGUGGCUGUUCUGCUUUCGACUGUUCGAGUUGCCCAUGGCGGUAGGUGUGGCGCAGGUUGUGG